AUUUUAAUAUAAUAAAAAUAAUCUGAAAAAAAAAAAAAAUUACAAAUUAUAAAGUAAAAAAUUCAUUUAUUUACUUUUUUAUUUAUUUUUGUAAAUUUAUUCUACUUUUACUUACUUUAACUUGAUAAAAUGAAGGAUGAAGAUUACAAUAAACUUAUAGAAGAAAUAAAUACUUCUUUAAAUUUUAGUAAAACUGUAAUAGAGAAAAUGAAAACUCCAUAAUUCGAAUUCAUUUUCAGAGAUAUUGAAUUGAAAUUGCAAUAAUUCCAAAUAAUCGAAGACAAUCUUAAGAGUAAAUAAUCUUAGAUGGAGUUUUACAGCAGUAAUCCAUAAUAACCUGAUGGAUUAGAUACUGAAAAAACAAAUAACUUUAACAGUAUCUAGAUUAAUUCAAUUGAUAAUAGAGAAAAAUCUAAAAAUUCUGUUCAAUUGGAGCAAAUUCUAAAUAAAUAUUUUUAAAAAAACACUUAUAAUUAAAAUCAAGCUUUUAAUUAUUGCUAAGAAGUAUAGAAAUUCAAUAUCAAAACAAAAAUACCUAUUUCUAGUAUAUCUGAAGCGCUUGAAAAAGAGGAAGAAGAAGAGUCUAAUAGAUAAGCAACGCCAAAUAAUUAAUAUCUUUAUUACUUUUGUCAGAUUUCAGGUUAAAAUAACUCUUUAACAUCAGAUAAUUAAUAAACAAAUAAACCACCCUCUUCUAUUCACUCAUAAAAAUAUAUUCAAGAAUUAAAUUAAAAUGAGUUUUCUUGUGAAAUUAAUACUACACUAGAAUUGCUAAAUGUAGAAGAAAAAUUAAAACUUAAUGAUAAUAAAAGCUUAAAUGAAAGUGAAAGAAAUAAAACUGUAUUAUAAAUAUAGCAGACUAAGAAAUAUUAAUCCACUGCUUCAGAAAGUUAAUUUGAAGAAGAAUUUGAUGGAAUUUCUCUUAAUACAUCAGAUAUAUAGACCAACCAACAAUUUCAAAAAUAGCAAACAAUAAAUUCUGAAACCACACAUAUGACAAACAAGUAACAAGUAAUGAUUCCAAGUAGUAGUUACUUAUAAAGCCACUAAACUUAACCUUAUCUUAUAGACAUUAACUCAUUAGACGACUAAAAUAGCGAUGAAAGUUUAGUUUCAUUUUAUGAUGAAAAAGCAGAGAUGAGCUCUUCUGUUUUCGAAGUUUAAAAUUCAAAACUUUUGCAAAAUUUUUUUGAAGAAGAUGUUACAUCAAAAUUACAACAGUAACUUAGCUAUCCUAUUGAUGUAUAAAAUCCUAUUUUUGAUUGCGAAAGUUUAAUGAAUAACCAAAAUGAAGACAUGUAACAAAUUCUUUCUCCUCUGUAUUCAAAUAAUUAUUUUAUUGAUUAAUAAAAUUUCCAUCAACUAAACGUCAAUAAUAUCUAAAGCGAAGAAAUGUAAAUAAAUUAGAAAUAAGUAGUUCACUUUUAAAGUGAUAAUAACUAUUAUGAUGAGACCAAAAUUAUUUAACUUGAAAACGAACUUGAGUAAAUAAAUAAGAAAAUAAUUAAUCGUUAAUCUUAAAAUUCAAUUUCUAAUAAUUCAUCUUAGCUAAAAACAACUAAGCCUACUCAUUCACGGAUUAAAUCAAGCUAGAUAUCUACAUAAGAAACAGAGCUUUCACAAUCAAAAAUUAGAAAAAAUUCCUAAACUCUACUUAAAGACUUUAGUAAAUCAAACCAAAAAAUUAGCAAUUAGAGACUAAGUUUACAAUUACUUUAAGAACCAGUAAUUAAAUCACAUGAAACUCAUUAAUUAUAUAAAAAAAGCAUAAAAGAAUUUAAAUAAAUUAAAACUAAAAAAGGCUAAGAAACAUUAAAAUUAAAUUUAGAACCUAUCGAAUAGAAAAAUUUCAAAAAAACUAGUCUAUAAAUUAAUUUGAUAGGAAUUCACAGUUAUGGCAUUCAAGAAUUCGACAAGGGACUAAGAACUAAACAAACAAAAGAUAUUAAUAAAAAGUCUAUUGAAUUUCCAUAACAUUAAAAUAAUUAAAAAAAAUUUUUAAUUUUAUAAAAAUGA